GCCGCGCAAUCUCCGAUGGAAAAGAGACGGCCACUGAAAUCGAAUAUAAUCAAAAAGUGGUCGUGGUCUGGCGCGGCUGGUCGUCCAUACUCAGUGAGCAAGAGUUCGUUUGAGCGGUCACCGGUGCACAAAGUGAGCCAUCCUGUAACCCAUACCGAGGGACGAAAAGUCGCCGAUUCGUUCGAACGUCGCGCUUUCGCGGGAGACGCGCCCAUGCGAGUGAUCCUGAUCCUGGCCGUCGCGGCGGCCGUCGCCUGCUCGGCCGACGCCAAGAGGAAGAGGAAGUUCGACGGGGACUUCGAGUUCGCCGAAGAGGAUGACUCAAAAGCAGCAAAGUCAGGCGAGAAGAAACGGUGGAUACACGAUCCCUCGAGUGACCUUUGUCGGCCAUUAAACUGCAAGAAAAAGGAAAUCUGCCUGCUGGAGGACUCAUUUACGGCGGUGUGCGUUUCCAGAAAAGAGCUGAAAAAGAACGGAGACAUCGUAGUGCCUAAAUCGACAGUAACCGAGGAGUCUAAAACCGAGGACGAAGACGACGACGUUUUCUACGACACCGAGGACGAUCCCGACGACGCAGACGAGGAUUUGAACGACUCUGUAGUGUGUAAGCCGUGUCCAGUUGUGAAACCGACGUUCUUGUGCGGCUCAGAUAAUCGGACGUACAGCUCGUUGUGUAGAUUAGACUACCACAACUGCAUCCACCACACAUCGAUCAGAGUCACCUGCAAAGGAUUCUGUCCUUGCAAAGAAAAUGAAGCGCAUCUGCGGAAAAAGCAGCGCCAAUCGGAGCGAUUGAAUUCAUUCAUGAAUAAGUAUAAAGCUACUUUGGAUAAAAGUGGAACCGUUGGUGGAUCCAUUAAUGGUGCAAAGCCAGCGCAGCCGUCUUCUAAAUCCGAUGUAUAUACAUUUACCCCACAAGAUUUCAAAUACGAAAAUAAACAUUACAAAUACAUUAAAUAUACAAAGUACAACAAGGACAAUAACAAUCUUUUAUAUGCGGAAGACAAAGGCCGACUCCGUGGGUAUAAUGAAGUUACUGACAACAAACUUUACAGUAACUCAAUUGGGGCACUUGACCCUGCCAUCUCUCCUUCCAAACAAUGUUCUCCAGCUGCUCUCCAAGCGAUGGGCGACCGUUUGGUCGAUUGGUUUUCUGUCGUUAUGGCGGACUCAUCAAAAAAGCAACGGCCAAGAAACAAGUCGAAGGCACAUUUCCCAUCUACUUGCAAAAGUGAGGUGAGAUGGAUGUUCCAGCAUCUCGAUUCGAAUUCGGACUCCAAGCUAUCUUUACAAGAACUGUACGAUUUAGAACACGAUCAGAGUGAAGUGUGUAUGAAACCUUUCUUAGAACAAUGUGACAUGGACCGUGAUCUUAAAGUCACACCGCAGGAGUGGUGUCGAUGUUUCCAGAAAACGGAAAGACCCUGCGCCGCCGCCAAGCGUAGAGUAUCGCCCGAUUUAAUAGGUGCUUAUGUUCCCAGCUGCGACAGCCAGGGUUACUACAAGCCGAUGCAGUGCCACGGCGCCAGUAGCAUUUGCUGGUGCGUCGACAAGCAUGGCGUCGAAUUCGCCAACACGCGUAUCCACUCGAGACCUAAUUGCGAGGCACUAAUAAAUAAAUUAAGUGAUGCAUCGAAGCAGCUGAACGCUGCUGAAGAUGCGAGCGAUGACGAGGACGGAGACGAUGUCGACCAGGACAUUGAAGGUAGUGCAGACCAUCAGGGGGACUACUAAAGCGUAAACUAGCGCCAUCUCACUAUUAUUGCCUCUUACUUUGACUUUUUUUAUGUGGCUUUUGUAUUUUUUAUAAUAUUAAACAAAGAACUUCCUAUUAAGAGUCGGUGUAUAAUAUAACGAAUGAUUUUGAUUUUUAUAUAGUAUACCUUGUCGCGGGUAAAGUGUAGUAGGCAAUAUUGUAUUGUUGCAUAACUAAGACUAAUAUUUUCUUAUACAUUCCACAGUUGCCAUGCUUUUGUUAAGAUCUAACACCUUUAGUUUAAACAAGAAUGACAGUACUUUUAAUUUAAGUUUAGUUAGUUAAGUUUCUUAAAGUUUAUUGUUGUAAAUAUCACGUGAUUUUUUUAGUACUCCCUACCAGUUUUGUUACUUAAUAUAAUAUUCAAGUUCGCAUGUGUAUGUACGUUAUAUUUUAUCUACUGAUGUGUUUCUGCUAUUAUCUUUAGGUAGAAAUAGUGAUCUGAUAAUCCACAGCUUCAUGUUUGUGCCGUCUAAAACAACAUACAUAAUAUGCAUUUAUGUAUUAGAUAAUACCUAUUGUAAUAAUUGUUAAAUUUAGAAAUUAUUUAUGUGAUUUUGAUGUCCACUUUAAUUAAUCUAGAUUAAUAUAUUUACGAAAUAUUAUUUUUACUAGAAUUAGAGAAAUUAUAUUAGACUAAUUCCUUUGUAUGUAAGCGAAUGGUACUAUGUACAUAAUGAAGGUACUAUUUAUGAACUGACAACCCGUUUUCUCUUAAUUUCGCAGAAUUCCUAACAUGCCAAUAUUGUUUAAAACUCUGGCGUUUUAUUUAUUUCAACUAAAACUGAAACUCUAGAGAGCAAAAACAUGUGUUGAAUCGACGAUGAACUGUGCACGUUUGUACAUCAGACAUGUUUUUGUUGUAUGUUUUCAUCAUAUUUAAUAAAACUAGAGCUCA